AUGAUCCAGGACGAUCUCAAAAACAACAUCGGCGCCGAUUCCGAUGUGUCGUCUGACGAGUCUGACUGGGAUGACGCCGAGCUCGAAGAGGAAGAGUCCCAAUUGUUCAUUUCCUUGCUCGACGAUGCUGUCUUCCCUGACCUCGACGCCAUGCUGUGCCACUGCCGCAUGAAGCACAACUUCGACUUCCUCGCCAUCCGCCGUCGGCUUGGCCUUGACUUCUUUGGCACCGUCAAGCUUGUCAACUUCAUUCGCCAACGCAUUCACGACGGCGCUGCCCUGCCCGAGGCCAUCUCUGUCGACGAUAUUGCUGAUGAGCGCUACAUGAAACCCGUCAUCGAAGACGAUGCCUUGAUCAUGGCCCUUACCGAGCUGGAUCUUAACGAUGAAUCGCCAGAGCACCCUCAGCAGGCACCGCAACAGGGUGCCUCUCGGGAAGCUCAGCUCGAGGAAGAGUUGGCAAGGCUCCAGUCCCAAUUCGCAAACUACCGCACCGCCGUUGAGCAGACUCUUGACCAGCGCUGGGGCGAAGAUACCCCCGAUGCAGCCGAGGGCAAGAAGUCGCGUGAUCCGGAUGACAAGGGCGUCCGGAAAGAUGAGUCUCAGUACUAUUGGGAGUCAUAUGCCUCUAAUGACAUCCACGAGACGAUGCUGAAGGACAAGGUUCGAACAGACUCCUACCGUGAUUUCGUCUACAACAACAAGUCUCUUUUCAAGGACAAGAUCGUCCUCGACAUCGGCUGUGGCACAGGUAUCCUGAGCAUGUUCUGCGCCAAGGCCGGCGCUAAGCAGGUCUUUGCCGUCGACAAGUCUGACAUUAUCGACAAGGCCCGUGAGAACGUCUUCAACAACGGCCUCGCCGACAAGGUAACCUGCAUUAGGGGCAGGGUAGAGGACAUUAGUCUUCCUGUCGACCAAGUUGACAUCAUCAUCAGUGAAUGGAUGGGCUACUGCCUGCUUUAUGAGGCCAUGAUGAACAGCGUUCUCGUCGCUAGAGAUCGUUUCCUCAAGCCCGACGGCCUCAUCGCCCCGAGCAUCUCCACCAUUUGGGUGGCACCCGUUUCGGAUCCAGAGUACAUCACCGAUUUCGUUACUUUCUGGGAUGACGUUUAUGGCUUUGACAUGAAGUCGAUGAAGGAGGGCAUCUACGACGAGGCUCGAAUCGAGAUCAUGCCGGAGGACUGCAUCUGCGGCACACCUUCGCAGAUUUCGUACAUUGAUUUGCACACUGUCAAGAUUGAAGACCUCGAUUUCGAGACUCAGUGGAAGUCGAAGCUGACCAAGGACAUUCCGUCACUUGACGGCUUUUUGACCUGGUUUGACAUUUUUUUCACCACCUCUCGCAACAACUCGAUCCCGGCGGAUCUGCAGGUCAAGGUCGGAGACAUCAGUGUUACCAGGCCCGGCGAGGUGGCCUUCACUACCGGCCCUGCGGGUCCUGACACCCACUGGAAGCAGGGUUUCCUGAUGAACAAGCAUCUUGAGGAGAAAGCCAGUUUUACGGCUGGCGCCGAGAUCUCUGGCUGCAUUGUCUUCAAGGCACCCGAGAAUAACCCUCGGGCGCUGACCAUCAGCAAUACGUGGACCGUUCCAGGUCAGGACAGCAGGACGCAGCUGUGGAAACUGAGAUGA